UUCUUCCUCAGCAUUGCGACAGAAAAGAUGCAUUAUUUUGUGGCCCAGUGCUUCAUAAUGGCAGUUCUUACCGGGACUAGCCAGCAGGGUGAUGACUUCAGUACGCCCAGUGCCGCCUGGUUGGAGUAUCAGCGCGAGAGAUUCGGUAUGAGCAGUAAUCCACUGCUGCUCGGUCCCACCAAGGCACCAACAGCCCAAAAUGUAGUAGUGGUGACCCCUAAUGUGGAGACCACGUCCAGGAAACAUUCCUCCAGCUCAACCGAAAACGCAAGUCAGGAUUCCGAGGAGGAAGAGGAGACCACAGAGCCACCAUCCGAAGAUGAAGAACUAGGUGUGCCUAGCGUUCAAGGAUUUUUCAAGUUCCUAAAGAACAUGCAGAAGACUUGGAUCAAGAAGUCGACUCUGACUUUCGGAAAGAAAAUAAAGCUGUUGCAAAACCUGCGAGACAAUCUUUUAAAGCUAAUAGAGCAACAGUUUGCGGUUCUGUGGCAGCCACCAGAGCGAAAGAGGAGACGACGACGUGGUAUUUUGGAUGACUCGGAAAUAGACUUUCCGCCUGAGGCGGCAAUCAUGAGCAUCAACUUCUUGACAUUCGCCGUUUUCCUCAUCAAACUGGUCAUGCAAGUGGUUAAAAUUGUGAAAAGCAAACAUGUUUCAUUUUCUGGAUUUACCUUUGCUCCAGAAGCUGCAAGACGUCCAUAAAGUAUAACCUUUGUUUAAGUAUGAGCAAAGAUUUUUUUAUUUUUUAAAAAUAAAAAGUAUUUUU